CUGUACCGCAUUAGGCAAGAACAACCAAGAACCUUGGCCACAGCCUAAAUUCACAUUUAUUCAUGAUCACCGCCAGAUAUUACUUGCAAGUAUUCUACUCUCAAGAUGUCUGAUCAUAUUCUUCUGGACCACAUAAUUUCACAGACCAGGCAGAAUGUCGAGCUGUUGAUGUCUCAUAACAGGAUAUCUACAUCAGAUGGCCGCGAUAUCUUGCUCAAGCUUCCUAGCGCUGGGGUCGCGGGAUCGAUAGUAUCGCUUACGCAGCAUACGCAGCGGCUUUCAAUAUCUCCAGCGCCCCAUCAGAGCGUGAUUAGCAACAACGCUAGCUUGCAUGUGGCGCCCAAAGCGGAAGCUCGUGCGAUCUGGGAUUGGGCGAGCGAGGAUCCAAAUGAUCUAUCAUUCCAUACCGGAGAGAUCAUAGAGAUUGUGAAAGAGACAAACGCGGAUUGGUGGACAGGCAGAAACAAGGUGGGGAAGCAGGGUCUUUUUCCGUCGACGUAUGUGGAGAAACUGGCGCCGAGAUCCGUCUCUCCACCGUCUUUCCCUGAAUUUCCAAAGACAAGGACAUCGGUGGAUUCGAAGUAUGGUUUGAACUCGGAGCCCAAGUACCCGUCUUCAGGCCCUUUGGGCCCUCCACAGUAUUCUUCCCCGCCGUAUUCUGUCCCACAGCCUGUGCAGCAGCAGUAUCCCCCGCCACUCGGCCCUCCUCCAACCGGUGGUUAUCCGCCUCCCGGACCCCCUUAUAAUUCGUAUACGGGAAAUCCUCCAGUGGUUCAGCCAGUUCCUCAGCAACCUCCAAAGAAGGGUCGUUUCGGUAAUCUCGGCUCUACUAUGGCACAGUCAGCUGCUGGUGGCCUUGGUUUCGGCGCUGGUGCCGCUAUCGGUGGUGACAUCGUGAACUCGAUCUUCUAGACUUUUACUCUCUUCGUGCGUUACUAAGUUUACAUACCCACAUCCACUUGCUUGGCUAGACUCGAGGACGAGCAUGCUACAUUGGUUCAGGGUUGUUUUGAUUGUCAGUUGGAAUUUCAACU